AGUUAUGAAUACUUAAGCGGUUCGCCAUCUUAAAAAUGGGCAUUCUGCACAGCACUGACAAGUAGCGAAACCACACACAGUAACACAGUAACUGCUAUCCUAUGGAACAGGACAACACUGCGACGCCAGCCUAUUGGCUGCUCUAGGGAGCAUGCGCUCUCAGACUGGCCAAUCGCCUUGCAACUCCCACCCCACCCUUCACCAUCUUAACUUUGGGCACUCCCAACAGUAGCAGAGUCUCUUGAAGCUUCUAGUUGCCUUCUUGGUUGAGGGCAGAAUCGAGGGUGAAGCUCCGCGGGCCGAGCCGGAAGAUUUUCCUGGACCCACGUGGAAGCCGCCCUCAGGAUGCUGCGUCGUGAGGCCCGCCUUCGCCGAGAGUACCUGUACCGCAAGGCACGCGAGGAGUCGCAGCGAGCCGCCCAGGAGAAGAAGGAGAAGGUCCGGCGCGCGCUCGAAGAGAACCGCCUGAUUCCCACGGAGUUACGCAGGGAGGCUCUAGCCUUACAGGGAUCCCUGGAGUUUGAUGAUGCCGGCGGUGAAGGUGUGACCAACCACAUGGAUGAUGAAUAUCGAUGGGCAGGGGUUGAGGAUCCUAAGAUCAUGAUCACUACCUCUCGAGAUCCCAGUUCUCGCCUCAAGAUGUUUGCAAAGGAGAUGAAGUUGGUGUUCCCAGGUGCCCAGCGCAUGAACCGUGGCCGGCAUGAGGUGGGGGCAUUGGUGCGAGCUUGCAAAGCCAAUGGGGUCACUGACCUGCUGGUGUUCCAUGAGCAUCGAGGCACACCUGUGGGGUUCAUUGUCAGCCACCUGCCCUUUGGCCCCACUGCUUACUUCACACUGUGCAAUGUGGUCAUGCGGCAUGACAUUCCUGACCUGGGAACCGUGUCAGAGGCGAAGCCUCACCUCAUCAUGCAUGGCUUCUCUUCCCGCCUAGGCAAGCGGGUCUCUGACAUACUCCGUUACCUGUUCCCCGUGCCCAAAGAUGACAGCCACCGGGUCAUCACCUUUGCGAACCAAGAUGAUUAUAUCUCCUUCCGGCACCAUGUAUAUAGAAAGACCAACCACCGCAGUGUGGAGCUGACUGAGGUUGGACCUCGCUUUGAACUGAAGUUGUAUAUGAUUCGCCUGGGCACGCUGGAGCAGGAGGCCACCGCAGAUGUGGAGUGGCGCUGGCACCCCUAUACCAACACUGCACGCAAGAGGGUCUUUCUGAGUGCUGAGUGAGCCCACUCAGUGAUCAGAACAUGGACUGGACCCAGGAGGAGGGGAGGAGUCAGAAUAAAGUCUAUGUGUCUAUGUGCCACACUA